GUUCUUCUCCCUUUCUUGGGACUUCUGGCAGUUCGCUUCACUAUCAGACCUACCCCUUGUCCUGUUCUGGCUGGACUUGAUCACUGGCGGCGGCGUGGAAAACUGUUUGGCGUGCAUAACUAACAAAAUACCCGCUGUAGGCUCGAGCUAAAGCUACGGGAAGAAACGAGUUACAGCAUAAUUACUUUAGGGCGAGGAACGUGACAGGAAACCGUCGAAUAUUGGCUGCUUGUUUUUGUGAAACUGCGCGUUGUUGGCCUAUCCUGGUCAUAUUCGAACAGCACCAUCCCAGCCAGACUCUUACAACAGCUAGCGGAAUCUGUGCAAAUCGACAGCCUCACACGGGCAGUCUGGUUUACACCGCCUUUCAGAUCUGGGUCGGCGAUUAAGAAGCGACGAAAUACUCCAUAUUAGCCUUAAUUCCGUCUCAUCCACCCGAUACCGAUUAGCCUAGCACCGAUAGACCGAACCCGCACAACCCUCAUCAACAUGACCAAGCUGACUAUACAGAUUCCCUCGACCACUUAUACCCACCACCAUACUUCCUCUGUUAAUCUCAAUCCUCUUCCUAUCUCUGGUUCUGCUCAGGAAGCGUCUACUUCAACCACGAGAAGUACGACAUAUCCCUACUCUCAUCAACCACCCUCGCCGUGCGGAACAGACACCGACUCGGACUCUAUGUUGAGUUUAGAGGUCGCCGAUGCGCCUCCUUCGCCCUCUCCACGUUACGUCGGACGCUUAGGUUAUCAAAGUGGUCAUGAAGGGCACAAUCUCAGAGUUCCCAAACCUCUAGCACCUACUUACACGUGGGAGUAUGGUUCUGGGUCUUCACCGACUCACCCGGCUUCGUCUUCGAAUUCGUGGAUUCCUCGUGCCAAUUACGAGUUGUCUUCGGAUCCAUUACUCUCUACUCAUCAAUUUCAAGGCGAUGGUGGAAGAAUGCAGCUUAACGCUAAUUUACCAUUGCCAAACCCUCACCCUCCUUCAACAUCCCUUCCAAACGCGUUGGCCAACCUCAAUAACCCAUUGCCAUACCCGCGAACACCCUCUGCUUCGUCUUCUACUUCCUCAAAGUCUGUCUCCUCGGCCUCGACCAACUCUAAUUCUUCUUAUGUCACCUCUGCGUCAAGCACGGGUGCCGCGGAUUAUCUGAGGCCACCGCCAAGUCCAAAUGACUUUAAGGCCAGGAUGCCUAGUCCUCUGGGUGAACGAGGGAAGACGCCGUCUCCCUUGUCAUCUAAUGCGGCGUUAUCAGCUUUAUCCGGGCCGCGUCUCGCGCACCGCACGUCCUCGCCUUCACCUCUAUCGGCGUCCUUCUCCCUUGGUAUUGACGUUCCUCGUCCAGGUACUCCCUCACAGCCGCAUAGAGAAGAUUCAGGCAGCCCAUUUGCAUCUAACCGAGCUGCGUCUCCAUUAAAAAGGCCUACUCCACGUUCAUCCUCUUUUUUAUUGAACAAUGCUAGUGAUUCUAAAGGCGAUUCAACGGCUUUCCAACCGGAAUGCAGCCCAUACCACACCUUGCAGAUGGCACGAAGCGAGUCUCCCGCUCCCAUGGAUGAUACGCCCAAGGCCAGUGGUAAAGUUCGACUUGUAGGCAACGCUCACCAUGACGAAUCAUCGUCACUGCGCUUGCCCUUCCAUACACAAUGUUUUCCUGUACCUGCCCCUCAACCUGUUCCUCUACAACAGCUCAUUCCGCAAUCUCCGACACGUUCGCAUACACCUAGGUCAUUUUCACGCUCAGAACACGACUUGUCGCGCGUCCCACCUCGACCACACUCUCGCGCUGGAACUCGGCUUCCCGUCCCGCCGACACUCAUGCCUGCACACCACAGAAACUCUUCUUGUACAUCUUUGGUCUCUUCCAUGGGUGGAUUCACCGGGGGUGUUUCAGGAGGGAUGGCUGGAAACAGACCUCUGAGCGGAUUCAUUGGUGACUUGACAUUCGGUGGUCCCAGUCCAACCAGUCCCACUUUCCCCCCUCAGUCCUUCGCUGCAGGUGGAAAUGGCCAUAGAAGAACAGGUUCUGGUUCGGGCUCCUUCAUGAGUGGUCACAAACGAAUCAGUUCGCAUGAUAAUAAUGGACUCGGAAUUGAGUACCAACGCAACGGUUCAUCUAUUCAUUCGUGCGGCGGAUAUACACCUUCUGUUGCAACAGGACGUGAACAGAAGCGCUCUCCUUCUGGUUCGUUCGGUCACGGAUAUAGACGUCGCGGAUCGAAUGGGUCCUGGGUUGCCGCUUCUUUUUUUGAAGGGGGAGCAACCUUUUCUGCUCCUCCACCACCGUCACGUAGACAUGGUCAUACCCGUAGUCAUUCCUAUGACCAUGUACCCUUAUCUCAACCCCAGGAAGAGGAAGAUGAAACGAUAUUCACUGGGUUUGGUGGUGUUGGUAGACCCACGCCUAGCCCUUCUCCGUCACCCGCUACUCCUUCUUUCCCCCAAUCGCGCCCACUACCUAUUCCGAUUUCUAGACAUCCGAGUCGAAGUAGCUCCAGUUUUGGGAUCCCUCAGCGUCCCUACUCGGCUAUGGGAUAUGCACCGAGCUUUACCCACUCUGAGGUGUACCUGAGGUCUCAGAGUACAGGAGAGUUAUCGAUGGCCGCUAUGGACCCAAAUAUGUUUAUCGGAAGCCAAAGUACUGGAACUGCAUCUUGGAUUGGCAGUCAGCCGACUGGAACUGCAACUUUCUCUUUAGCACCUAGCAUUGUCGAUGAUCAGGGCGAAUCCACAGACGCGAAGCCAGCUAUCACUUCGAGGCCAAGCUCUGGAAAUGCAAGGAAUAAGCUGACCAAGUCGCGGUCUGGUGGUAGUGGCGGGUCGCCAAGCAAGAGCUACGGUCGGGGGGCAUCACCGAUUAAAAGCGGUUAUUUCAAGCUCUUUGGCAAAAAGAAAGGAAAAGGGAUUGUGAAUGGAGAUGGAGUAUUUGUCGCUGGUAUUGCCGCUGGAGUCAAGGAAGGAAAAACGGAGGAAAAACAGUCCGCUUCGCCACUCAAAAAACUUGGCCUUUCGUUUAAGUCUUUGUCGCCUAAAAAACAGCAAACGAAGGAACAAAAGCCUGAAGGAUUGAUUUGGUCGAGUGCGUCAUGA